UUCGCAAACAGCAGCGUUUCUGGUUUGAGUUUACCCGCUUAAAGCGAACGGACUUCCAGACGGGACUGACAAUUCAUUUCUUACCCAAGUCACGUUUCCGCUUUGCUUUUACGCACAAGUGUCGUGAUACAGCGUUGUUAUAGAGACACAUAAGAAAUAUUAGACAUCGAGGAGCCCAACUUCCUCGUCUCUUGCGAGAGUCCGCCCACUGUCAACAACAGGACCAGGAUAUGCCCAGUGUGUGAGAUCAACGCAUCCAGCGGAGCGCAACCACAGCGCGCGUGUGUUGCGCUCUCCUCUCACCAGGAAACUUUGAUAACAUUCAUAUCAAGUAGGAAAAAGCAAAUAGUUUGAGUUUUUCUUCAAAGAUGGACAAAGAAGGACGAGCUUUCAUGAGUCCCUUCCACAGACCGCGCUGCCUGGCAGCGGCUGCUCCUGCGGGGAAAGCCAAGUUGACGCACCCGGGCAAGGCGAUUCUAGCUGGUGGGAUUGCAGGAGGCAUAGAGAUCUGCAUUACUUUCCCCACAGAGUACGUGAAGACUCAGUUACAGCUCGAUGAAAAAGCCAACCCACCCAAAUACAGGGGCAUAGGUGACUGUGUAAAGCAGACCGUGCAGAGUCAUGGCGUUAAAGGGUUGUACAGAGGCCUCAGCUCACUGCUCUAUGGAUCAAUACCCAAGUCUGCAGUCAGAUUUGGGGUAUUUGAGUUCCUCAGUAAUCAUGCCAAAGAUGAGAAUGGCCGUUUGGACCCUACCAAAGGCCUGUUGUGUGGGCUGGGAGCUGGUGUGAUGGAGGCAGUGGUAGUGGUCUGUCCCAUGGAGACUGUCAAGGUAAAAUUCAUCCAUGACCAGACAUCAGCCAAUCCCAAAUACAAGGGUUUCUUCCACGGAGUUAGCCAGAUUGUCAAGGAACAAGGAUUGAGGGGGACAUACCAAGGCCUCACUGCUACUGUCCUCAAACAGGGGUCCAAUCAGGCUAUUCGCUUCUCAGUCAUGACUUUUCUAAAGAACUGGUACAAAGGUGACAACCCAAACAAACCCAUUAACCCCUUAGUGACUGGUACAUUUGGAGCAAUAGCAGGAGCCGCUAGUGUCUUUGGGAACACUCCAUUAGAUGUUAUCAAGACAAGGAUGCAGGGUCUAGAGGCACACAAAUAUAAGAGCACCCUGGAUUGUGCUGUUAAGAUAAUGAGGCAUGAAGGACCAUUGGCGUUUUAUAAAGGCACAAUUCCACGUUUGGGCCGCGUUUGUUUGGAUGUGGCCAUUGUCUUCAUCAUCUACGAGGAGGUGGUGAAGAUUCUCAACGCAGUGUGGAAGACAGACUGAGCACAUCUGAGUAAACUUGAAGCAGCUAAACCGUCUUUAGUAUUAACAUGAAUGGAAGGUCACAGCUCCCUUCCACAAACAUACUUGAACACAGCAGUCAUUCCUGUUUAACUGUAUUAUUAUAUGUAAUUAAAAGUGGAGAUUGGAUGGAUGAAUGUAAUCCAAUGGUGCAGUAAUUACUCAAAGAUAAUUUAUUUUGUCAGAAUUAUAGCCAGAAGAAAAUUAUGCAAUUAACUGUGAAAUUACAGAGAGGAUCGAAUAAGCCAUUAUAUUUUGAUGAAAGCCCUUACUGAGAAAUCCCCAAAAAUACUUAAACUCAAAAGCUAUUCAGUAAGUCGCUGUAGCACCUUCCAUAUAAAAGCUUUUAUUUAGAUAAUUUAUUUUUUAAGGAUUACUGUUCUGUCUUAUGUUGCCACCAGCAGCAGUAAUAAUUUACAACAAGUAUUUUUUGUGCCAACCACUAUGCCUGCCAUGAAAUAGUGCUUAUAGAGUUUUAGCUAUACAGAAAUAUAUUAUAUUUUAUCAAGUUGUGUGCUUAUUGUUGAAUGUGUGUGAAACAAAUUAUUUUAUAUAGAUCACUGUGAUUAUAAAACUAAUUCCAGUUAUAGCCCAGCAUCUAGCAACUUGAAAAAAAAAAAAAAGAUUUAGGUGUGUGUUCAAAUGAGAUGCCUUUAUAUUAUGCACAUUCCUAGAAAGACCAUGGCAGAUAGAUCAUCACAUUAUGAGGUAUAGAAUCACUGUUAUUUACAAUAGGUUGCAGGUUUAUUCAGUUAGUUUUAGAUUAUAAUGGAUAUACGUAAUCAGGGUUAUAACAGUUUAUAAAAUAAAAGGUGCCUUUUUCAUUUGUUUUGUCUAUUACAUUGACACAACACUGGUAUAAGUAUGACUCUUUGUUAUAUAAUUGUGCUUUCAUAUAGUAACUGUUGCAAUAAACUUGACAGUCCCACUAUGGGUAUGUAACUGUGAUGAAUAUUACACUAAAGAGUACUUUUAGCUGAAUAUCUGUGUAUAAAGUGGUACUUUUCUUGGGAGUUCAUGUCAUUCAGUUUAACGUUUGAGUGUAUGUGUUGACAUUUUAUGAUGAUUGUGUAAUGAACACUGCCAUGUGCUGUGGUGGUAUUAAAUGUAAAAUGGUGGUUUGGAGGAAUUUCA